AUGGCUGCGAGCCCACUUGACACCCUGACUGCUGCCAUCCAUGCUCGCACUCAGUUCGUGGAAGCACAAUCAGCCGCGGGGUUACCGAGGGAUUCCGUGCUGACCGCUCAAGUGUCAGCCUUGACAACCACGAUCCGCCAGACCCAUGGCCUGACGUUGGCCGAUGCGACUUCGCUGACCAACCUUACCACUGCUGGGCCCUGGACGGACAUGCAGAAGAUGACACUCGCCACUGCGCUCAGCGAAGCAUCGUCGACGCAGCCCCGUGACGCCACGGGGCCACGGGCCCAACAGGCGUGCCCCAAACUCAUCAAUUUCCUCAGUGAGAACGACUGGCGGAUCUUGAACAACCCCGAGCUGGCCGUCGGUGUGAAGUCCCAGUGUGUCGCGGUGCGGAUGUUUCGCAUUGGUAUUUCUUGCCCGAACGAGGAGACCAUAAAAAGGGCUGGUGCGAUCGUCCUCAUGACGGCCAUGCGCUCGGAGAUGGCGCAACUCUCAGCUGAGAGCAAGCGCAGGGUGAUGCUCUCCAUCAAGGAGCAGAUCAAACAUAUGGAUAAGCGGAACAAGCAACCGUUCCCACACAUGACCCUCUUCCCUGACGGGCCGAGUGCAUUCUCAGCGGACCUUAUGCAUCACGCGUACCACGACUCCCCCGUGGAUACGAGCAUUGGGAUCGACCUGGAGGAGUACGAGACUGCAGUCGACAUGCUCGGGCACAGGAAGUCACACUCGUCCUUCGGCAACAAGCCUCAGCGCACCCAGUCGCAGCUCACCCAGGCGGAGCUGCUGCAAGGAUUGGACCCACAGUCCGUCAUCGCCCAGAUCGCCCAGCAUACCAUGACAGGUCUGAUGCAAAUGGUCCCAGGUCUUCAGCGUCAUGCCGACCGUAGCGACGCGGGCAUCAACCUGACGGACUUGCGUCCAAGGCGCGGGGCGCUGCCUGGUGGAGCGGGUGCACUUGGAUUGGGCGCUGGCGCAGCCUCGUCGGCCGCAGGGGGGCACCUGGCACUGGCUAUCCCAGGUGCGGCGCCUGAUGCUGGGGCUGGCGGAGCAGCUUACCUCAGCGACUCGCAGACGACUGACGCCCUCCCAACGGGGUCGCCGACACAGCUGGCGAUAGUACCGCCCCCUGUGGUACCAUCGCCUCCCCAUGUGGUACCACCGCUCGCUCCAAUUCCACCAGCUGCUGCCGAUGACGGCGACGGUGACGAGGCCGCGGAGCUGGAGGCAAAGAUGAGGGAAGCCGCGAACGGCAAGACGUCGAAGACGGCGAACGGCAUGAAGCGCCCCGCGGCCUCCCAGAAGCUUGUCAUGCGGAAGCCCGCGAAGGCCACCACGAGCAAGACCGCUAAGCACGCGGUCAAUUACACGCAGCUCCUGACCAAGGCUGACAUCAAAGGCAGGACCCGCAACGCUUUCGCCUCUCGCAUCUACGGGCAAGUAAAAACGCUUGCUCGCGGCCUUGGCAUGAAUGAGACGGCCGUCGCUUGCCAGGAGUCCACGUAUUUUCGAGAUUUGUUUCGCGACACUGUGCAGAAGACUGGGAAUGUUUUGAAGUUGAUUAUAUAUAGCGACGAGGUGACCCCAGGGAACCCCCUGGCGGAUCACAACAGUCGCAAACUCCAGGCCAUCUACUGGUCGAUUUUAGGCUUUGACUUUCCUGCGUUAUCGAACGAGUUGACAUGGUUCACCUUGGUCGGGGUUAGGAGCACCGCAGUCAAUAGAUUGGAAGGGGGUCUCAGCCAGCUGACCCUUCGCGCUCUCAAGUUGUUCUUUGGCGCACCCCACGGCCACGAUCUGAAGAACGGCAUCGCAUUUACCAUCCCUGGGGACAACAGUUGCCGAUUGAUCACAGGCAACGUGGAGAUACUCGUUCAAGACGAACGAGCAUUCAAAUUCAUGACGGAGUGCAAGGGGUCAGGCGGACACAAAGUGUGCGCACUCUGCCAGAAUGUAGUCGGGGUGAACUCAUCGUUUUUACCAGAUCGUAGCGGUUUCCUGUGCAGCUCUGCAGAACUAGACGUGAGCAAGUUCAAGCUCCACACACUGGGUUCUAUCCGUGGUAUCCAGAGGCGCCUUCGCAAGCUCAAGGAGGCCAACGACAAGACAGGACUCCAGGAGCUUGAGACGUUGUUCGGUUACAACUACGUUGAGAAGGGUUUGCUGGCAUGCGAGGACCUGCCGUUCGAUAUCGUACACGCCUGGUCAUGGGACUGGAUGCAUUGCUAUGUAGUCGACGGCAUCAUGGAUCAUGAAAUAACCCAGUUCUUGACUCAGGAACUCAAGAAGACACCAGCAGGCACCUAA